AUGUUCUUGCUCUUCUUGACGUGUAAGAGAGAGAAAGAUCGAUCCCCGUCAAUGGCAGCAAGUUCUAGUGACGAUAUGAUUGGUUGGUUUGAAGGAGUAGCAAAGAAUGCUGGGAAAGUUCAGAUGGAAAUACUGAAAAUGAUUCUUGAAAUGAAUCAAGGUGCGGAAUAUCUGGAGAAAUGGUUGGGUGAUAUCGAUGUUGAUAAGAUGGAUGCGGAAGCAUUACAGUCGAUUUACACAUCAAUGGUGCCAUUAGCUUCUCAUGCAGAUUUAGAGCCGUAUAUUCAGAGGAUUGCUGAUGGAGAGACGUGUCCUUUACUCACUCAGCAACCCAUCACAACUCUCUCCUUAAGCUCUGGAACAACUGAGGGUAGACAAAAAUACGUCCCCUUCACUUCCCAUAGCUCUAAGACCACUCUCCAAAUCUUCAAGUUAGCUGCAGCUUAUAGAUCAAGGGUUUAUCCAACAAGGGAAGGAGGCAAGAUUCUUGAGUUUAUCUACAGCAGCAAACAGUUCAAAACGAAGGGUGGGCUAUCCGCAGGAACAGCCACAACACAUUACUUCGCAAGCGAAGAGUUUAAGCUCAAACAACAAGAAACCAAGUCAUUCAUUUGUAGCCCCGAGGAAGUCAUCUUCAGUGGCGACUACAAGCAAUCAACGUAUUGCCACUUCCUCCUCGGACUCUUUCACUCUCCAGAAGUUGAAUUCAUCACUUCGACAUUCGCAUACUGCAUCGUCCAAUCACUGACCUUGUUCGAAGAUUAUUGGAGAGAUCUAUGCAACGAUAUCUCCACUGGAACUUUGAGUCCUCGGAUCACGAUCCCAUGCAUCCGAAGAUCAGUUCUAGAUUUGAUCAAACCCAACCCCGGUUUAGCAAAGUCGAUAAGAUCAAAAUGCGAGGAGUUAGAGGCAUCAGAUUGGGGACCAUUUUCCAUUGGUGAGUGCAGAGUAUGGGGCCACUGA